CCUUUCUUUGCCUAGAGGGAAGGCCUUUCUUUGCCUAGAGGGAAGGCCUUUCGUUGCCUAGAGGGAAGGCCUUUCCACCCUGACACGUCUCACCAACACACACACACACUGACAUGGCUGACACACACAUGGCCGAACCCGAACACGUACCCAUACCAAGAGUUUGUGGACACCCUCAGUGCAAACUGCUCAACAUUGCCGACAUUGCCGCCGACAUUGCCAUGGCUGCCGAGAGAGGGGAUGAGGGGACAGCAGUGCAGCCACAGAGUGGGGAGCUGAGGUCGGAGCUCGAGGCGGGUGGCUGGCUUCGCCAAAAGCAGCAAAUGAAAAUAUGGGAGGACCUGGAGGCCCAGAGGAGGGCAGGCAAUGCAGCGGUCGCAUGCAGGGUCGCAUGCAGGGUUGGAUGGGGCACUGUAGGGCCCCCUGUCCUCGGUGGUUGGGGCAGCAAGACCGAGGAGGACCCGGGCUUUGUGCGAGCAAAGAAGAGGAAAACGACACCAGGGGCUCAAGAACUGCAGCGACGAGAAAAGUUCAACAAACUGGUGGACGACGAUCGAGCUGGAAGACCACCUUCGCUCUCACAGAAAGGAGUUGCUGACAAGCAUGGGUACGAUCGCCCAGUGGUCCUGGUAUCCCCUCCUCGCCUUGCACCCAGGCUCGAUGUAAAGGCACUUGCUUAUGGUGUUUCGCUCCCACUACGAGUACAUGAGUGGCUUGACAACAAACAGACAGUAUUCAUCGUCGCUCAAAUUCAGAAUCGUGUCUGA